AUGUCCAUAACACAAGAUGACGUUCAACCACAAGUCGACGACAUCUUCUCCUACAUGUGUUCAUUGGCGGUGGCAAAAUGCGCCAAACGGUCGGAGAAAAAGAAGGCAUCGUGCGGUGGUGCGGCCAUGCGAAAAAGGUCCGUAUUUUAGUCGGAUUCUCUGAUUUUUUGGGGGUUUUUGGGUAGUGUAGGUUAGGAUAGGCAGGUAGAAUAGGUUAGGAUAGGUAUAGUUAACAGUUCGGCAUGGUUUUUAAUACAAAAUUUAAAAAAAAAUUUUUGAAAAAAAAUCCACAGGGGGGACCAAGUUCAACUUUUUUCGAAAAAAAAUUUUGAGGGGGGGGAGAUAAAAAGAUGAAAGCCAUGCUAUUUUAUAACACGAUUAAGCGCAUAUAAAACUUUGCGACAAAAAAGUUUACUUAAAAUCGCUUAAAACGAUUAAAAAUACCUAUGACAAUAUGCUUCAGCGUAGAAUAAGACCACUUUCUUUGAGAAAAAGUUAGCAUACUUUGAUUUUUUAAAGCUGUAUUAACAUAACAGGCUUAGCGCAGUCUAGGAAACUUGUUUUAAGACUUAGAGUAAGAUAGAACCUUGAUAUAGAGCAAAAAAUUUCAAAAUUCGUUUUUUUCUUACCUAAAACUAGGCAAAACUUUCUUUUUCUUAUUCAAAAUGAAGCAAAAUCUUCCUUUUCUUACCUAAAACUCAAAUAUACCAUCUUAUCCUUGUCUUAGUUAGUCCGUUUCCAGACUGCUAAUCAAAAACUUUGUGGCAUUCAUGCUGGAACAAGAGAAGAACAUGUCCGACAAGUACGACGAGGAAGUGACACGUGAACUGCGCAAACAAUUGAAAGGCAAAAUCCCCUCCACGUCGGUGGAAAAGAAAGUCGUCGACGAAGUCGAAGAAGAAGAGGAGGAGGAAGAGAGUGAAGAAGAAGAAGUAUACGAAGAUGAAACGGUAGAAGAGGAGGAGAAUGAAGAAGAAGAGGAGGAAAGUGAGGAAGAAGAGGAGGAUGGAGAAGAAGAAGAAUACGUGUCAAUGGAGGAUCCGAUUGUACAGGAUUUGAAGUGAGUUUUGGGAUUGAUUUUGUUAUGUGAAAUUUUUUAAAUUUGAAAAAAAAAUUUUUUUCGGGAAAAAAGUUCCACAGGGGGGGGACCAAGCCCAGUUUUUUUUGAAAAAAAAAAUUUUUCUGAAAAAACUUAAAAAUUGUAACUAAAAUUUAAGUUUUUAGUUUGUGCAGGUCAACCUAUCCUAUUUUGCGUUAAUUUAGCCUAUAAAAUUUUAAAAAUUAAAAAAAAAAUUUUUGAAAAAAAAAUUUCCCAGGGGGGACUAAGCUCAACUUUUUUGAAAAAAAAGUUUUUCAUCAACCAACCCUUUAUAAAUCCCUAAAUAAUGCCAUUUCUCUAGUGUCCACUCCUACGACGACUCCCUGACCUCUUGCCAAACCGACCUCAACGAUUCGUUGGAUUCGGCCUUCCUCAACCCCACCAACAACAACAUGUUCAUGUACAGCGAAUGCGAGGAUCUGAACGCUCUGCCCAACGAUUUGGACGAUUGUUUGUCGGACUAUGAUCCAAUGUUCAACAAACCCAUGCCCCCGACCUUCACGUCGUCCACGCCCAGCCACGGUCUGGUCCCAUCGAGUUCGCCCACUUCGGCACCGUCGUGGCGCGACCCCGAACCCGACCUCUACAUGCUGGAGGGCUCACGUCGCUACUACGAUGAUUUUCACACUGUGCCAGCGAGAGAGUACUCAAUGUGAGUUUUUUGAUUGGUUUUAAAGUUGGUUUGAGAAUGUUUUAUUAUUUUUGAGGUUUUAAAAUUUUUUUCGAAAUUAAAAAAAUUUUUUUUAAAAAGGUUCACAGGGGGGGGACCAAGCUGAUUUUUUUGAAAAAAAAAUUUUUUUUGAGUAAAGGGCAUGGUAAAGUUAAAAUUUUUUUUUCACGUAACUACCAGUACUUUUACGGUUUAAUUUUAAUAAAUUAGUUUUUUUUAAAUUUUUUACGAAAAAAGUUACAGUAUUUUAAUUUUUUUUUGCAGUAUUGCAAAAUUUUAAAUUCAAAAGCAAAAACAGUAAAAAUUUGUAACACCAUUCAAAAGUACAUCUCAAAAAACGUCAUUUUACAAAAUUUCAACCGUUUUGGUAAUACCAGUCGAAAGAUACAAUUAUUUACCUUCUUUACUGUUACAGUAAUUUUCUUGUAUCUCGUAGAUUAGUAAGCCAAGUUUGAUAAAAUUUUGAUAAAAUACGUAUGAGGCAAUGCUUUUUUGAAAUGGCAUUUUUAUUUAAAAAAUCUUUUUUAAUAAGACAAAAUUUGCAUAUUUUUUAAAAAAAGUUUGGGUUACUGUAACUUUUUUUUGUGGAGAUUAUUAUCAGGUGAUUUUUUGUCAGGUAGCCUAGUAUAUUAGGUUGAUUAUAUGCUAGUAAUUUUAUUUGUUUAUGAUAGGUAUUUUUUGAGAUUCAGUUGGGAGGACCUUUUCACAAAUUUUUUAAAAUUUUUUUUUUUUUGAAUUUUUUUGAAAUUUUUUGUUCAUAAUUCCCCCAAAUUUCAGUCUGAGCAGUGAAGAAAUGUCGUCGUCGCACGAGAACCUGAUGUAUCCGGUGUACGAACAGUUCAUGAUAUCGCCGUCGUGCGCCGGCACGGACUACAGCGUGCCGCAGCCGCUGCCCGAAAACUUUAUGGAGGAUGGGCAAACGUCGCUGGCCGACUCCAUCCCCUCAUCACCGCCGCACGACCUCGGCACCGAAACCCAAACCUACUCGGAGCUGUUGAACGUGAGCUACGAGAAGGAGAAGAAAAACGAGAGCACGACCGCCUUCGUGGAUCUGGUCAACGUGCCGGUCGCGAAAGUCGCGUCCUGUGGAAUGGAAGCCUACCUGAGUGAGUCGGCUUCGGUGUACGGUCAUUGUAUUACUGACCUGGACACUAACACUACAACGGUCAUGGACAACAAGUACGAGCAGUCGACGUCGCGCAAACGUUCCGUCAUCUACGACUGCUUCGAUGGUACUGCCAAGAGACUCAAGUUGUGA